AUGCACGAAGAAGAAAAGGCUUGUAAAUGUGAAGAGUGUUGUAAGCAGUUUACACACGAGAGUAUUUUGAAGAACCGUCUGAGAUCCCACACAGGAGAAAAACCUUUCCCUUGUACGAUUUGCCCUAAAGCGUUCUCUUUCAAGCAUAACUUGAAUACGCCUAUGCAACUGCAUGGGGAAAGGUCGUACAAAUAUAAAAAAAUAAAUUUGAGAACGUACACGAAAGAAAAGCCCUUUGUAUGUGAGAUCUGUUCUAAGCCGUUCUCUCUUAAGUCUAAUUUAAACAAGCAUAUGCGACUACAUACUGGUGAAAACCUUUACAAAUGCGAAGUUUGCUUUAAAGCAUUUACCGAUGAGAGUGUUUUGAAUGGACAUUUGAGAAUGCACACGGGAGAAAAACCUUUCUUAUGUAAGAUCUGUUCUAAAUCGUUCGCCCUUUAA